GGCGACCCCAUGUACGGAGGCAGUAACUGGCCCUUGAGGGGUGCCAAGCAUACCUUGUGGGAGGGUGGCACACGUGGCAAAGGAUUUGUGUUCAGCAAAAAUCUCUUCAAGAAGACGGGAACAGUUUACAAUGGGUUAAUGCACAUUGUUGACUGGUUUCCGACACUUAUGACACUCGUCAAGGGGGAAACCCCACCAGGAAUGGAUGGAGUCAGCCAGUGGGAAUCCAUUGUUAAUAAUGAGGCAAGUCGACGAAAAGAAUUUGUCUACAACAUUGACGAAAUCUCUCAGCACGCUGCGAUCAGGGUGGGAGACUGGAAGCUGAUCCAGGGUUCACCAGGAAAUUACACAGGAUGGUAUCCGCCACCAAGUGUUGGCAGCGCUGUUCAUGAGGCUAACUACACAGAGAGCGGACCCAACACCUUUAGAUUGUACAACCUCAAGGACGAUCCUUACGAACAGAAAGAUCUGGUAACAAAAAAGCCCGAUGUGUUGGAAAUGAUGAAGACAAGGCUGGAGGAGUGGAGGAAGAAUCUAGUUCCGGCCAACUACCCGGCCAAUGAUCCCACUUGCUGACCCAGGAAUUUAUGGAGGUGCCUGGACUCCCGGCUGGUGCUGAAUCCACAUGUGCAGAGAUUUUUCUUCGUGAUCUUAGAAUUGAUUCACAAAUGAUCGAAAGAAAAUGAAUGAAAGAAAGAAAAAAAAGAAAGAAAAAAAGAAAGAGAAAAAGAAAGAAAGAAAGACAUACACAGUGUGGUCUCUAGCGAGAAUAUGAAAGUCUUUUCUUUGUCAAACGAUUGUUAGAUACUUUUCUCAAAUAAAACAUACCAAAAACAGGA